AUGAGUAUGCAUACAGUGCUCAAACUUUCCGAUAAAUCGCAAGAGAAUGGAACUCUUGAGACCAUUUCACCGAAUUUGAUGCCGUUUCAUAUUGCGUAUACCGGGCCCGCGCCGAUUUCGACGUAUUUCAUGCCCAGGCCGUUUGUGGAUGAGCGCGAGGAGCGCCGACGAGCGUUGAUGGGCGUUUCAGGGGGUCCUGAGACUGAUGAUAAGGAUGGUCUUGCGUCGAAAUAUUUUGGAGACGCGGGCGAGGCGGGGUUGGAAAAUGACGAGAAGGGCAAAACAAGUGCUUCAAUGGGAGAGGAGAAGAAGAAGGAAAAGGUGGAUGGAGAUGGAAUGGUAUGCGCGGCGUUUCGUGGACGGAUUGUUGUUGGCCAGCCGAUUCGUGUUCCAGAGGGAUACACUGGUCUGAUGCUCCUCCGGGAGACUAAAGACGGUGAUACGAAUGAUCAAGGAGAGAAUGGUGGUGCGGAGGGAGUGCAAAAGGACAAGGCGAAAGUGAAGAGCUCGAGCGAGCGUGCAAAGGCGCUCAAGGCAAAGGCUGCUGCCAAAUCGAAGAGUAGAGCCGCCAAGAGGUCGAAGCGGUAUCAAGAAGAUGAAGAGGAGGAUGAAGAGGGGGAUGCCGAGCUUGCCGAAGAGAUUGACCCGUCGGACGGACGAGAAAAGGCUGGUUUGAGGAAAGAGUCGCAUCCGCAAGUCUUGAUAGCCAAGGGCGUUUCGACGAGUUUACGCUGUGGCAUCCCGAUGGACCAGUGGACAAGACGCGAGACGAGUAUAUUCGCAGCUUGA